AUCACAAGUUCACAACGCACACACUGAGUAAGUGUGUAAGUAAGUGACAGAUUGAACAAUGGGAGGGCGCGGCAAGAAGCGUGGUGGUGCGAAGGGGGCCGGCCGUGAGGGCAACGGGGAGAAGCCGGCGUCGGACGGGAGCAGCGCGGUGCCGACGGCCAACGUCGUGCCCGUGACAAGGCGGGUGCAGCCGUCGAACGUCAAGAUCGCCGAGUCCGCGAAGCAGCUCACCCACGACUGCGCGGCCGAGUUCGUUUUCAGCCGCAGGGCGCGCCCUCCUGCGCGGCCGGCGAUGACGGCGGCCGUGUCGCCUGGCGCACCAGUGUUCACCGACGAGGAGCUGGAGUUCCUCCAGUCGGUAAUUCCUCCGCCGCCGGGCGGAUAUUAGCGGUGCGGCGGGCAAGCUGGUCGGCCACAGGCGCAGGCGCUACCACCUGCGGGGCAUGGCUAUAAAUGUUGUGUUGUUUUGCUUGAAGAAAAAUCCCGAUGUAUCCAAUAAGACAAUAAUACAUACAUCGGUCCCAAAUUACUUGUCUUAAAUUUUUCUAGAUACGGAUGUAUCGAACAUUAAAACAUGUCUAUAUAUAUCCGUAUCUAGAUAAAUGUAAGACAACUAAUUUAGGACGAAGUGAGGGAGUACUAAUGACAUAUUCAGAAC